AUGCUCACCGACAAGAUCCGGCUCAGCGGUCCAGAGACCAACGAGCCCGAAGACAUCCUCUCCUCCUCCCUCGCCGUAAUCUUCCCCGACGACAUCACCAACCAACACGGCGACCGCGACAACUCAGUCAUCUACCUCUCCUCGCAGCACGGCCCGCUCACGCUCACGCUCGCCGACCCGCAGGGCGAGACCAGCCGGCGGCUCUUCAGCCACUUCGUGUGGAACGCGGGCGUGCAGCUCGCGGCGUUCAUGGAGGAGGGCGGCGCAGCAUGGUCGGUGCGCGGGCACCGCGUGCUCGAGCUCGGCGCCGGCACGGGACUCGCGGGCAUCGUGGCGGCGCUGUCGGGCGCGCGGGACGUGGCCAUCACGGAUUACCCGGCGCCAGAAGUGCUGGCGAAUAUCCGGGGGAAUGUGGAGCGGAACGUGGGGAAGCGGGCGGAGGCCUGCGUGCAGGGUCAUGAAUGGGGCGUGCUGGAUGAUGGGUUCGCGAUGAGUGGGAAGGAGGCGUUUGGCAGGAUUCUGGUUGCCGAUUGCUUGUGGAUGCCUUGGCAGCAUGCGAAUUUGUUGAGGAGUAUUAGGUGGUUCUUGAGUGUGGAUGGGGAGGCGUGGGUCGUGGCGGGCUUCCAUACGGGGCGGGAGAAGAUGCGUGGGUUCUAUGAGGAGAGCGCGUUGGAGGAGGCGGGGCUGCGAAUCGAGAGGAUUUGGGAGAGGAAUGCGGAGGGGCUGGAGAGGGACUGGGUCCCGGAUCGAGGCAUUGAGGAUGUUACAGAGAGGAAGAGGUGGUUGGUUAUCGGCAUCUUGAAGAGGAGAGAGUGA